AGAAAUCCCAGGUGAACAUAAUCCCACGUCAUUGCUUCACACAGCAAUCCCCCCUAUAAAGCAGUCAUCAUCACGCUGCACAAAAUUAAUGCACCACUUAUGCUCUCUCCAUCGCCCGAGGAAAAUCAAGCGAAACCUUUCUGGCAAAGUCGCGCUAGUCCCAGUAGCCUGAUUCGCAAAAAAUCGCGUGGUGACACACGAUCAACUCUUUUUUUUUGUUUGUUCUUGUCUCUCUCUGUUUCUCCAGUCCUACUAGUUCAUUUUUUGUUCUUUCUUUCUUUCUUUCUCCUCGCAAUAUGCCGCGAAGGGGGGGGGGGCGUGUCAUCUUUGAAAAUUUUCUUUUUCGGCAUUCACACCGCGGUCUCGGUUUUGGACUAGGUUUUGAUGGAAGAUCUUUUGUUGCUUCUUUGACGCGAGAGAGUUGUGCAGAGAAGCUGAUGGGGGGAUAAAGUUCGUAGUGGGGAUGGGGGCUGCGUUGGUGGGUGUUUCAGUUAGGUGUGC